UAAAGUAUUAUUAGCAUAAAAUGUUUCUUCUGAUAUCCUGUCUAUGAUUGCAAAUAUACUGAAUCCAACAAGUCUCAUGUUAUUGUUUUGUUUAAUUAGUUCAAUUUCCACGCAACUAAAUUAGAUUUAAAGAACAACAAAUAUGUGGCAGCGUUUUAUUUCUGCUUUUUAUAUAUUUGUUUCCUGUAAAUGUUUGAAUGAGCGGAGGCGGAAAUGGAACCCUUCCAAGAUGAUUUUGAGAGAGAGAAGCACCAUGCUGAGGUCCUACGCAUGAACAUGAUUGACAUUGUGGAUCCUGCUCCUGUUGAAUCAGAGAUGAUAGCAGCUUUCAAGGCAUAUGAUCUAAUCGUUGCCGACCUGGGGAUUAUUCAUAAGUCAUGCAGAUCGUUUGGAGACCCAUGUCAGCUAACCACGUGGAUCAUUGGAGAGUAAAAGCUCCAGAAGGUCUGAGUACACAUACAAGUAACAACUCAUAUGAGUUCUGGUUAGAUGAAGAGAGUCCAAUACCAUGUUUGCUGUGGGCAACAUAAUGUGAGUUGUAUUUUGUUUAUGUUUCUGUCUUUACAUGAUCUUCUGAAAUUGCUUUAUAAAACAUGUUAUUUUAA